CUUACAACUUCAGAUUGAGCGGUUUUUCUUGCAAGGGUGUACGUUACUGUGAUCAUCGCGUGUGUGUUCAUGUUUACAGCAGUUCGGCGAUAGGAAGGGGAAAGCUGUGAGGUAUACAUUCCCUAAAUGUGUUUGUGUGUGUGUAGUGUGUCACUGUAGAGUGUGUCCUGUGCAAACGCUUGUUUGCAAACGUGUCUUUCUCCAUCCCAAGCAAAAGCCAACCAUUCGCCCUGAAAAUGUCUCGCGUAUCGCGUAUCGUGUCAGUGUGAUAGUGAACCAGCGUUCUGAAGGCGCAGUUUUGUCGGCGUAAUAAAAGUGCGGCCGUUAUUUGUGCAAAAUUUGGCCCAACAUCUUCCAACCUUCGCCCGCACGAAAAAAAAGCCGGCACACCCGGUAAAACGCAAAGAGUGAAGCUAGCGCUGGGCAACAAAAGGAAGAAAGGUGUGGUGUGUUUAAAGUUUUGUCGCUUUUUGCGUGUUUUAUCGCGUAUCGUGUUUCAGGCGUGAAAAGUGUACAACCAAAAGCAAAAGAGUGUCUGUGUAUAUGCUGAUCCUACCCCGGCGGUUGGAUUAUGCACCGUGGGAUAAUGAAGAAACAAAUUUAACGGUUCCACUAGCAGGCUGGCGAACCGACCGACACCACCGACCGCAGCCCGGGACGCAAUGCUGGGCAAGCUGAAAAUGGCGGACAAGCAGAAGUACUCGGCACAGGAGACGAUACAGGCAAAGCUGCUUUUCUUCCCCGAGGGUACGCACGGCAACGGUGACAAGCUGCUGCCAUUCAAGAAGGGAUGCUUCCACGUCGCCGUCGAAUCGCAAGCCUUCAUUCAACCGGUGGUCAUUUCGAAGUACCAUUUUUUGAAAUCCAAAGCGAAGAUCUUUAACCGAGGGCAAAAUAUCAUCAAAAUUCUACCGGAAGUGUCCUGCGCGGGCCUUUCCAAGGACGACAUUCCAGCGCUGAUGGAGCGGGUACAGAAGAUGAUGCAGCGGGAGUACGAACAGCUGUCGGAGGAGUCCCUUUCGAUCAACAAUAUUAGUGAGGUGCAUUAGACUCAGCGAUUGGCGAUGGGCCUCUUCAGGCUCUGAACACGUGCAAUACAAAACAUUUGACCUGGGCAAUGAAUGUUUUAGGGGUUUAGGAAAAGAAAUCAAAAGCAGAAAAGACAGAGAGGAAUGCUGCCACCAAGUGCUUUUUUCCAGGUAUGGGAAGAAGUAGACAGGUUCUCCAAUAUCAUCAUCAUCGCCUUAUCGCUACCGGAUAGACAGUAUAAAACAAACCUCCUCAUUGAACAGAGAGCUUAGUAGUGGCGAUUAGCGUUCGGUUUUUGUAUUUACCGGGAUGUGUGGGAUUUAAGUUAUGUCUCUUCCAAAGUCCAUCUUUUUUUUCCCUUCCAACAGGCACCUUUAGUUAUUGAAGAUUGAAAAAAUAUGGCUAGCCAGUGUAGCAAGCACAAACGAAAGGAGAUGUGAACGAAUCGCGCAGCGUUUAUUUUCCUAACUUCCUCCGAGAAUCUAUAUUGUUCCUGUAGUUUAAGGGCACAGUGAAAGCGAGAUGGGAAGGAAGAUCCAGAUUAUCAGGUGUUUCGGUGCGGGUUUAAAGUUGUUUCAAGUCCAAGGUAGCUAUCAAUCAAUCACGAGGUGUGGAGGACUGUGAAGCAAUAUAUCGGAAAAGAGUGGCAGUGGCUUGUAAAUAGCGUACAAAGUACAGUUGUUGACACGCCAAAAUAUAAACAGUACAAAGGUUGGGAUAAACAGAGGUGCGUUAAUCGAUCUGAGCGCAAUCGAUCACCACUGCUAUAAAACGCGAGCAGGAUAGAUGAUCGGGCGAGAGAGAGAGAGAACAAUCGUUCUAAGCGGUCAGGGUUCGUGUGCUAGGUCAACGGUCGAGGAUCGGGAAUCGGCAGAGCGCGCGAGAAAUAUUGACCAAAUAAGGGCAUGCGCAACAGAAGCGAUUUAUUAAUCAAAGUGUGAAGACCCAAAUUGUAAAAAAGUGUGAAUAAUUUUGAACCAAUUAAAAUAAAUAUAAUUUCAAAUCCACGCUAUACAAAGGUCUUGUUAUCGCUUCCACAAGCUUUUUUACAAUUUAAAAGUUUUUCUUUUAAUAUCAACCAAAUUAAAAGUUCGUGAAAGUGUUCAACGCAGAAAAAUGCCGAAGCCAAAGUUCGACUGUGUCGGUUGUGAACGCGAAAACGCGGUAUCGGAUAUGGUGCUAUGUGACGCGUGCUCUAAGUGGUGGCACUUCGAUUGCGCUGGUGUUUCCAAGGAGGUGAAGUACGUGAAGUGGGUGUGUGAACGGUGUGAAAGCGGCGAAAAGGACGAGGCAGCCAAGGUGAAAGACCACGAGAUGAGUGGCAAACCUAGUAGGGCUACUCGUGGGAAGGCCCAAUCUCAGGAUGGCGAUACAUCCAAAACCCGUUUAGAGAAACCCGUAGAAGUACCUUUGCAGCAGAAACCAGCGGACCAAGAGUUAGCCUCAUCAAAAGUGUCCUUAGUCGCAACUCCGGACAUAGUUAUGGCUCAGCGAAGCGUUAGGAGCGAAACGGGUACUGCGCCGACAAAUACGGAGCAUGUGGAAAAGAACAGAAAGGCGCCCAGUAUGAUCGAAGGUUCUAGCUCUCGAUGCAAAAUAAACCCCAACCAAAAGGAUAGUGCAUCGCACGUUUCUCGCAGAAGUAAAAGCUCUGUGGCAACUACACUGAAGCUAGAACGUUUAGCUAAAGAGCGAAGGUUGGAAGUCGAAGCGCUUCAAACUGAAAUGAGUAAAAGAAUCGCGAAAUUGAAUUCGGAUUACGAAGCGAUGAAACAACAGAUAGAGGAUGGCAGUGUUAGCAAGAGAAGUGGUCGCAGCGUUAGUGAAACAUCACAAGUCGUUGAUUGGUUAACCAGUGACCAUGAGCGAAAAGUACUUCCCAACCCCUGCACAAGUACCGCGGAAGAACGUGAGAGUGCGAGGCGAUUGUGGGGUAGAAAGCUACCAGCGUUUUCCGGUUCGAUAAAACAGUGGCCUGUGUUCUAUAGCUACUACAAUCGGUCAACCGAGGCGUGUGGUUUUACUUCGGUCGAAAACAUCAUCCGGCUCGAAGAAGCACUUACCGGACCAGCAAGAGAAGUGGUGGAAUCCAAGUUCACCUCUCCAAAUGCAGCUCCCCAGGUCAUGAAGUUGCUGAAGCAGUUGUAUGGACGACCAGGACUUUUAGUAAAAGAAUUGAUCGAGCAGGCACGGCAAAUCGAGAACCCGAAACCAGAGCGCUUGGACCAAUUGAUAUCUUUUGGUAUAGCAGUCCAAAAGUUAUGCGAUCAUUUGACGGCCAACGAAAUGGAAGAUCAUUUCUCUAAUCCGGAACUGCUGGAAGAACUGGUAAGAAAACUGCCGGCCAACAGAGCCUUGGAGUGGGUGCGAUUCAAACGGAACUUCGUUAAACCAACGCUAAGGGAAUUCUGCGCUUUCAUGGAAGAGCUGACUGAAGACUGUUGUGAAUUAACAGUGCCUGCUAAUGUAGAAGCUCUUCGUGCGCCACCAAGAAACAUUCGAGGUCAUUCCUUCCUGCACGUGUCCAAUGCGGUUGAAUCCGCAAGUAGAGUAAACACGAACGGCCAAAAUUCUCAUCAUGCGCAAGCUACACCAUCGCGAACGAGUGUGAAGUGCUAUGUAUGUGAAGAUCCAAUGCAUCGCGUCCGUCAAUGUGGAGUCUUCAGAGCCAUGACGGUUACAGAUCGUCAUGCUACAGUCAGUAGGUUCCAACUUUGCGCGAAUUGCCUGGGCAGUCAUGGAACGAGACCAUGCAAAUCUACGUUCGUCUGUAGAGUGGUGGGAUGCGGUAUUCGGCAUCAUACACUGCUCCAUCAAGAACCAUCCGCUUCCACGUCAAGUGCGCAGUGUUAUGCUCACGUAGAGAAAUCGACGACGACGCUAUUUCGAAUAGUUCCGGUGACUGUUUAUCAUGGCCAACGCAGUAUCGACACGUAUGCUUUCUUGGAUGAAGGAUCUUCUCUGACACUGGUGGAAACGUCGCUAGCCCAACAGUUAGGACUUGAAGGUGCUCGUGAUCCUCUAGAGCUGUGCUGGACUGGCAAUUACUGCAGGAGAGAGGAAUCAUCGCAACGUGUGCAGCUGGAGAUAUCGGCCAGGGGCGGUGAGCGGCGCUACUCUAUAGCGGCCGCUCACACCAUAAAUCAGCUAAGUUUACCGACUCAGUCAAUUGACACUUCACUGAUAUUGAAUUUGAAUUACUUCCAGGAACUUCCGGCGAUACAGUAUCGUAACGCAGUACCUCAAUUGCUGAUUGGGCUGCAAGACGUGUCGCUGAUGAAGCCACUGGAAGUGCGAUCGGGCGAGGAAGGUCAACCAAUUGCUGUGCGAAGUCUACUAGGCUGGUCGAUUUAUGGUCCAAAAAGCAUCGACGGAUCGACAGCAGCAACGCCAUUCCCGGUCCACCGUCACGAAAGAAUAUCGAGUGUAGAUGAAACUGUGCAACAUCCGAACAGCAUGGAUCGACAAGGGCUACUUGAAGUGAACAUCGCGCAGAACAUCGCAGCAGUUGCGGAAGAUAUUUCAGCCGAAAGCAGCAAUGUAAACGGAGAUCAGACGACUCAUGAAAUGCUACGCCAGUAUUUCACUCUCGAAGGUACGGGCAUUUCUUCCUUCAGUGUCAAUGUUCCAGAAUCAGUAGAAGUAAACCGUGCCAAUAAUCUUCUACAGACUACAACCGAACGGCAUGCUGAGCGUUUCACUACCGGCUUAUUGUGGGCAGAAGAUGAGGUAUGUUUCCCAGAUAGCCUUCCUAUGGCUAAGAAACGUCUAUUGGCAUUAGAACGCAAGCUGGAAAAAGAUUUACCCCUAAAAGAAGAAGUCCAUAAUCAGAUAAGAAUGUACGUGGAGAAGGGAUUUGCGCAUGAAGCAUCUAACGAGGAGGUGCUUGAAGCCCCUCCUGGUCGUGCAUGGUACUUACCAAUAAACGUCGUUGGCCACCCUCGCAAACCGGAGAAGAAAAGACUAGUGUGGGGUGCAGCUGCUAAAGUAAACGGGGUUUCGCUGAAUUCAUAGCUGCUGAAAGGCCCAGACUUACUAGUUCAGCUUCCUGGAGUGCUGUGCAAAUUCAGACAGAGACGUGUCGCCUUUGGAGGUGAUAUUGAAAAGAUGUUCCAUCAAAUACGGAUAAGAAAGCCCGACACACACUCUCAACGAUUUCUUUUUCGAUUCGAUCCGAGCGAAAGUCCCAAAACAUACAUCAUGGAUGUCGCUACGUUUGGCGCAACUUGCUCACCGUGUUCUGCUCAGUACGUUAUGCACGUGAAUGCUGACCAAUACAAAGAGACGUACCCAGAAGCUGCUGCUGCAAUCAAGCAGAAAACCUACAUGGAUGAUUACUUUGAUAGCUGCGACACCGUAGAAGAAGCAAAUGCGAGAGCACGACAAGUCCACUUUAUACAUAGCAAAGCCGGUUUUAAUAUGCGCAAUUGGAUGAGUAACGAGUCAACAGCCCUUGUAGGUUUGGAAAAAGCUAACAGAAUCCAACACAAGGCGAUAGAACUGGAACAAAAAGAACAAUUUCCGAGAGUUCUAGGUCUCACCUGGGACACGUCAACCGACGUAAUAAGAUUUGCUGCAAAUUGGCAAGAUGCUCUGAAACCUUAUGCGGUAGGAGAAAAGAGGCCGACAAAGCGAAUUGUACUGCGCAUUGUGAUGAGCUUAUUCGAUCCUCUAGGCCUUCUAGCCCCAGCACUGAUCCAUGGCCGAAUCCUAAUGCAAGACUUAUGGCGGUCCGGACUGGACUGGGAUGCUGAGUUGAGCGACUCAGAACAUCUUAAAUGGCAGCGAUGGGUUAACCUACUACCGGGUAUAGAAAGGCUGGAAAUUCCUCGAUGGUACUUCUCGAAAACAUCGGUGGUUGACUACAAUAGCAUUCAACUUCAUGUGUUCACCGAUGCGAGUGAACUUGGGUAUGGAUGUGCAGCCUACCUCCGCAUGGCAACGGCUAGCGAGAUUAAUUGCUGUUUGGUGAUGGCGAGAAGUCGUGUAGCACCAUUAGAACAUUUGUCUAUACCGCGCAUGGAGCUCGAAGCAGCAUUGCUAGGGGCAAGACUAAUGCAAGCAGUGAGCGAAAAUUUGGAGUUACACAUUCGUCACAAAUUCAUACAUACAGACUCUGAAGUUGUCUUGUCCUGGAUCCGUUCUCCCACGCGGGAGUUUAAACAAUUUGUAGCUUGCCGAGUUGGCGAAAUACUGACGCUAACCGAACUGCACAACUGGAGGCAUGUUCCCACGAAAGAAAAUCCGGCAGACUGCUUAACUAAAUGGUGCAAAGAAACAGACAUUCAGCCAAACGGAAUGUGGUUACUUGGACCAUCGUUCUUGCACAAACCAGAAAAGGCUUGGCCACCACAGAAACCUAUCGAUAACACAACGGAAGAGCGUCGCGGACAUGUAAUGAUGCACACAGAAAUAGAGAGUUUUAGCUUAAAACCUGAACGAUUUUCUAAAUGGAGCGUGUUUGUGCGGACAGUAGCGAUUCUGUACCGGUUUAUAUCAAAUUGUAGACGAAAACGUGUAGGUCUUCCGGUGUUAACGUUAAAGGCCACUAAAAAACAGCAAGCUCAUAUUCUAAAAUCUGUUUCGUACGAAAACUUACCCCUAAGCUCCGAAGAGUUUGAGAAGGCUGAGAUAGUGAUAUGGAAGCUUACUCAAGAAGACGCAUAUCAUGCGGAAAUGCAAAAGCUAGAGAUCAGCCAGCCAGACCUAAAACAGGAUGCCGCAACCGAACUGGAGAAAAACAACCCCCUGUUCUCGCUCACGCCUUUUAAAGACGCACACGGAGUUCUACGCGUGAAUAGCCGAAUAUGCAAAGCAAAGCAGAUAGAUCUCAACGCACGUUAUCCGAUCAUACUCCCGAAAAAUCACGCCGUGACGGAACUGAUCAUUAACGAUUAUCACCGCAGGUUCGGGCAUGCCAAUAGCGAAACGGUUGUGAAUGAGAUUAGGCAGCGGUACUACAUACAACAUCUGCGUUCGUGUGUCUCCAGGACAAUGAAAAACUGUCAACGCUGCAAAAUAAGAAAAUGUCAGCCGAGCAUACCUAGAAUGGCACCACUCCCAGAAGCGAGACUUACCUCCCACAUUCGUCCGUUUAGUGCAGUAGGCAUCGACUACCUGGGGCCAAUAGAGGUGGUCAAUGCAAGACGGCGAGAAAAACGAUACGUAGCUGUGUUUACUUGCCUCGUUACACGAGCAUUGCAUUUAGAAGUCGCACAUAGCUUGUCUACAGUAGCGUGCAUCAUGGCAAUUCGUCGGUUUGUGAGUCGAAGGGGUCCUCCUACCGAAAUAUUUUCCGAUAACGGCACGAAUUUCGUCGGCGCUAACAACGAGCUACAAAAACAAAUAGCAGACAACAAGUACUCCCUAGCCGACACCUUUACCGACGCACACACUACGUGGCGAUUCAAUCCACCUUCAGCACCACACAUGGGCGGAGUAUGGGAGCGAAUGGUGAGGAGUGUCAAAGAAGCAUUGAAUGCGUUUGACGAUAGGGGAAAAUUAAAUGACGAAAUUCUACUCACAGUUCUUGCAGACUCAGAGAGCCUGAUUAAUUCGCGCCCCCUCACAUACAUGCCACAAACGCUCUCCGACUCGGAAGCAUUAACACCAAACCACUUCCUUUUAGGAUCGUCGGUAGGAAGAAAGGAGAUGGCAACCAUGGUACCACACCCGGCGGAAGCUCUAAGGAACAGCUAUUGCCGAGCUACAGAACUCACCAGCCACUUUUGGGACAGAUGGCUCAAAGAAUACGUCCCGACUCUUCAUGGGCGAGCCAAGUGGCAAAAAGAAGGCGAACAGUUGAAAGUGGGCGCGUUGGUCUUCGUGACGGAAGGAGCUCGAAAGGAAUGGCCACUAGCUGUUGUAGAAAAAGUGUUUCCUGGAUGUGACGGUAGAGUCAGGCAGGCGAUGGUGAGAACAGCGCACGGGAAAAUGUUAAAACGCCCGGUCGUAAAACUAGCGAGGAUCGAUGCAGAAGUUGAUAGAGAGGAAGAAAUUGAUGAUGCAAAGGCUGAUAGUGGGAACGGCAAAACACAGUAGGUUGAUUGUCGCGUCUUUAUCAACUGGUGAAUCCAAACCGCAUGGAUUCACGUGGGGGGGAAUGUUGACACGCCAAAAUAUAAACAGUACAAAGGUUGGGAUAAACAGAGGUGCGUUAAUCGAUCUGAGCGCAAUCGAUCACCACUGCUAUAAAACGCGAGCAGGAUAGAUGAUCGGGCGAGAGAGAGAGAGAACAAUCGUUCUAAGCGGUCAGGGUUCGUGUGCUAGGUCAACGGUCGAGGAUCGGGAAUCGGCAGAGCGCGCGAGAAAUAUUGACCAAAUAAGGGCAUGCGCAACAGAAGCGAUUUAUUAAUCAAAGUGUGAAGACCCAAAUUGUAAAAAAGUGUGAAUAAUUUUGAACCAAUUAAAAUAAAUAUAAUUUCAAAUCCACGCUAUACAAAGGUCUUGUUAUCGCUUCCACAACAGUAGUUUUAGAAUUUUAUCAAGAGAGCAAACUAGGGUUUAGGAUGAUGAAGGGUCGGGUAAGAUGUCACUAGGUUGACACCAAACAAAACAAAACGGGAAGAAACAAACGUGUAAGUGUACGUCGUACUAUGGGGACGGUGACAGCGGCGUCACUCUUUUGCCGUACGCUCAAUGUGAUAAAUACAUUAAAACGAAGCAAAAGCUCCAACAAAGAA